UCUCUCUCUCUCUCUCUCUCUCUCUCUAACGAGAGGAUCCCACCAGAAGAGUAACAGAGCCAUCUCACCCUCAAGCUUGACCUGCAAAGCUGCCGUCCCUUUUCCGCCACCUUUUCCUUCUCAACCACCAAGCCACACCCACCCUUUCUAGGGCACAUAUACUCCCUCUUCCAUGGAGCAUCCUCCUCCCUCGCCGCUGCCGGAGCCCUUAUACGGUGCCGCCGCCGAAAUGGACCUCCAACUUCCCAUCGCUGAUGACUCCUCCGCCGUUCUCUGGGACUUGGGGGAUCUCCUUGACUUCGCUGGUGAUGAUCAGUUUUCUCUCCCUUUGGAACAUGACAAUCUGCCCUCCGACUCCUCUCAUCCACUCGAGAUUCCAUCCGAGACUCUCCCUUCGAAUUCUGACCGGAUUCGGAAGCGUGACCCGAGGUUGACUUGCCCCAAUUUCUUGGCCGGGCGGGUGCCUUGUGCUUGUCCUGAGAUUGAUGCGAUGCUUGAGGAGGAAGCCGCCGCGUCUGGGAAGAAGCGGGCUAGGACGGCGCGUGUUGCGGCUGGAACUGUUCGGUGUCAGGUGUUCGGGUGUGAGGUCGAUAUUAGCGAGCUUAAAGGUUAUCAUAGAAGGCAUAGGGUUUGUCUUCGAUGCGCGAAUGCUACUGCUGUUGCGAUAGAUGGAGAGACUAAAAGAUAUUGCCAGCAGUGUGGCAAGUUUCAUCUUUUAUCUGAUUUUGAUGAAGGCAAGCGGAGUUGUCGAAGAAAAUUGGAGCGUCACAACAAUCGACGACGUAGGAAGCCAGCUGAUUCCACAGUUGCUAUGGAAAGUGAUCGAGCAGGCAUGCAUCUUGAAGAUGUUUCUUGCGAUGGCGAUGCAGGGAAAGAUGAUAUUGUUUCCAAUAACCAAACUGUUCAAAAGGAGGUGGUGCAUUUGGAGUCUGAAGAUGGGAUGGUUACCCCCACUGUAUGUUCAGCUCCCGACCUGCAGAGCAAUAUUGAGAGCGGGUUAACUUUUAUGGCAAUGGGUGAAGCUCAAGUGGAUGGAGGAAAAGAUAAUUUCAAAUCUCUUGCUUCAUCCUACUGCGACAAUAAAAGCACAUAUUCAUCAAUGUGUCCAACAGGCCGAAUAUCAUUCAAGCUUUAUGAUUGGAAUCCUGCAGAGUUCCCUAGAAGACUUCGGCUCCAAAUAUUUGAAUGGUUGGCUAAUAUGCCUGUUGAGUUGGAGGGAUAUAUUCGGCCUGGUUGCGUAAUUCUGACUGCAUUUGUUGCAAUGCCAAAGUUUAUGUGGAUAAAGUUACUUGAAGAUCCUACGACACACGUGCACAAUUUUGUAGUUGCACGUGGAAGACCGCUUUGGGGGAGGGGCAGCUUGCUUGUUUAUUUGAACAACAUGAUUUUUUGCGCAGUGGAAGGGGGUAGUGUAAUGAAAAUUGAGAUGGAUAUGGAGGCUCCAAGACUUCACUAUGUACAUCCUACAUGCUUUGAGGCUGGAAAACCCAUGGAGUUUGUUGCUUGUGGAAGUCAUUUGCAACAACCAAAAUUUAGGUCACUUGUAUCUUUUGAUGGCAAGUAUCUGGCACACGUUCAAUCUUUUGUUAUUCCCCAUUGUCAAAAAGAAGGUGAUACUAAGCAGAGCAACCACCAAGUGUUCAAGAUAUGCAUACCUCACACUGAACAUGAUCUUUUUGGCCCUGCAUUUGUUGAGGUGGAGAAUCAGUCAGGCUUGUCAAAUUUUAUUCCUAUACUCAUCGGGGAUAGUGAAACUUGUUCUGAAAUGAAAACUAUACAGGAGCGGCUUGAUAUGUCUCUGCCUGUGGAAGCUACUGGUUCAUCAUACAAAUAUUGCGAACAUUCCUCAUUGAGACAAAAAGUAUAUUCAGAACUCGUGACGGACAUAUCUUGGUUGCUUAAGAAGCCUUCAUCGGAGCCUCUGCAGCGUAUUAUGAAUUCGUCACAGAUUCAUAGAUUCACACGUUUGUUGAAAUUUUUGAUAUCCAUCGACUCAACUGUCAUUUUAGGGAGAGUCUUAGAACAUCUUAAGAUUGUCAUGGGAAAUGUAGAAUCAAAUGUGGCAGCUAAUGGUUUCAGUUACCCCGAUUUAAGGUAUUUUGAGAAGUAUUUGGAUUAUGCAACAGUUGUUCUUCAACUGAAUCUUCGAAGGGACCGGGUUUCUCAAAGCUUCUCCAAGAACAAAUUGGCUUCAGUUGAUCCUGGGACUGGACUGAAAAUGGAGUCCGAAGAAAGUGACCAUUUUCGAGCAGCGUCUGGUUCUACUUCCACCAGUAGUGUGGAAACACGACCCCUUUUGAACGAAAAGCUCCGGGAGAAGAUCAUGGUUCAAGAAAAUUCAAGAAAGUCAUGUGGUCUUCUCUUCUCAGGGACUGUUUUUAGGCGCCAGACUGCUCUAUUUGCAAUCACCUUCGCUGCAGUUUGUUUAGGAAUAUGUGCAGCUUUAGUUCAUUCUCACAAGGUUGGCGAGUUUGCUGUUUCAAUCCGCAGGUGCGUAAUGAAUACUUGAAAAAACAGUCUGCUUUGAUCCAUCAUUUGUUCUGCUGAAAAUUAGUUCAAGAACUGCCAAUCUGUGGCCGGCGAGGGUGAAAUGAAUGUUACUAGAACUUGGUUUUACUGCCAAGCCAAGAGGGUCACCAUUACCUACAUAGCUUUUUUGUGUUUAGAGAAAAAAGCCUCUGGAUCAUUAUGUUGUUUGAUGCUGAUUAUUAUCGUCCUACUCGGGUUCGGCCGAUAGGAAUUUCCCGUUAACAAGGUGGAGUUCAAAAUUCGGUUCGGGUCACACAGGAUGUCGGAUUCCUAACAUUAGUGCAGUUGCAUCACCAGUGUAUUGUAAUAAUUUUCACAGCUAAUAAUGAAUUUCUCAUUCCUAUGAUCUCAAUGAAAUGAAAAGAGCAAUAUUAUCAUCUCAAGUAAA